AUGCUCGAUGAGACGGCCGGGCUGGCUGAGCACGACUUCUGCAUCAUCGACACUUCCACGCCGCAGUCCUUGGAGCGCGAUUUCUACGCCUGGCUCAAGGUUGGUUUUGCAGCGGUAGAAGAUUACUUUCUUCGACCGAUUAGGGUUUCUGUCGAAUUUCGAUUGCCGUAACAAAGUUUUGGUGAAUUGAGAAUGAUUGGAUGAAAUUGAGAAGCAUUUUAAACUGAUGUCAGCUAAUUUGAUUCAGUAAUAUUUUAUGAAACCCCAUUUUUGAAAAGAUUUUAGUCUAUCUAAGCCCGGUUGAAUGUCUCGAAAAUCUCUUUUAAUCCGUCUCGCUUUCGGUUUCAUUACCUUCACGAGAUGUAAUGUCAACGGAUGACAGUGGGUUUUCAACUAGAAAACAAUAUCAAAAACGUUUUUUGAACAGUGAAUCUUUUUUAUUUUUUAACGGAGCUUUCUGCAAACCGCCGACUAAAAACCUCCAAUUCUCCUAACUUUAGGUCUAAAUUUAUCUCUAGUUCUGACAAAAUAUCUCAUGGAAUCUGGAGCAAAAUCUCACAAAAAUCCACUUAAUUGUAAUGCUUAUUUUUCAGGGUGAACUAACUCCAUCGACGACCCCUGGCUUUUCCGAGGUCAGCUCCCCGUCCUGGCUCUCCUCCACGCCUUCCUCGGUCUCUUUCCCACCGGACGAUGUCAGUGAACAGAAUAGUCCGACGGAUGCAAAGCCCUUCAUCUACGAAUACAAUUGCAAGACCGAGUUUGUGGAUCAGAAUUACUGCGAGAUGAGCGAAAGCCCGGACUUUUACAACAACUCCUUGGUCUACCAUUCGAACCGGAAUUCAGGUAAGACAAAUUUUGUAAAAGAAGCUUAUUUCUAAUUGCAAGGGGUGUUGAAAUUUGAGCGUUCGUUCUGUAGUAUCCGUGACUUUUAUACGAACAGUUAAAAAAUUCAUUCAGAGGAUGAAUUGAAAGUUUCUAAAGGAAAGCUUAUUUUUUCCACAUCAUUCAUUUUUACCAUACAUCAAUUACUGUAUGUUUGAAGUUUUGCUUCGCAAGGCAAGCAUUUUUUUGCAUUUUAUGAAUCUCGAUGGUCGUUGAAAAAGCUCGAGCUAAAAAUCUUUUAGAUAUUUUUAAAAUGUCUUAACCUUAAUCGAGCCAAAUAUCAGCAAACUCCGAGAAUCUUCCAAUUCAUAACAACCCAGAAAAUUAUUUUGACCCCAGAAAUGUCAACGUGUUAUAUACUAAAUUUUCUAAUCCCAAAAACCUUGUUUUCCCCGUAAUUCUUCGGGAUUACUAUUUAAAAGUUGUCACAGGACACCUAAUGACAGCAACUACAACAAUUUAAAGAAGAGUAAACACAAGUAAAAUGCCAUCGGAGUAUUCGCUUCCUGGUAUUCGAAAAUCGGACUGGUCUUUAAUCUCCCCAGGCCACAUGCCUUUGGCCAGAUGCCAGGCCAGUUAUCAGAUAACAGCAGAUUAGUGCACAAACAUGAUGUUUGUCAACAUUCUAGAACCUUCUAAUCCGUUCCAUUCAAGGCUUAAGCGGGCAAAGUCCGCAGAAAAUUGGCCUAAAAGGUUGGGAUAAUCAAAGGCCAAGAAAAGUGCCCGCGGCAUUCGGACUGGGAUCUGUUUGUAAUUAUAAAGUUUCGAAAAGCACUAAUCAAUCCGGUUAUACGGCCAAUUUUAGAAGACACUUUUGAAGGGCAUAGAAGUCUCAAAAAGGGAUUAAGGCAUUGAAAACAUGAUUCUGGAUCUAGAAAGUUCAAGUAAUCAAAAUAAAUAGGAUAAAUUGGAAAAUAAUGUCUGGGGAAAAUUAACAGAUUGCGGUGACACUUGGCAAAAAAUUAAAUAAAAAAUUUGUAAGACAUUUUGAAUUUUUGGCUAGCGCUCUGCAGAAAGAAAGGAGGUUUUUGCGUUAAAAAAUGCCAAAUUUUGAUUUUUUUUUUUGAUUUUAGGUUUAAUGAAUAACCAAUCGCAACAAAAUGAACUUCCAUAGUCUCUCUUCAAAACUGUAUUUAUUUCGUUCAAAAGAACUAAAUAGGCCGCAGUUUGGACAAUCCUAUUUUAAUCCAACCAUAAAUAUUUUGCUCGGCAAAGAAAAACUCCGUAUUUUUAGGCACGAAUCAACUUGGCCGAACCUACAACCCGGGACUUCCUCUUGGAAUGGACGAGCGAAAGAAGAUAGUGGCUUUGUUCCAAAAAGGAUGGAAGAUUUGUAAUAUUUCAAAGAAACUGUGUGUUACACAUUCAUGCGUCUCCAAAAUUUUGAAUCGGUAAGAUUUUUAAUAAAAAAAAAUUUUCUUACUGUACAAUUUAGUCAUUAAUCUUGCUGAUUUCCAAAUUUUUUACUGCAAAUAUUUUUUACUUGUCAUUAUGCUUACAGUAAUGCCAAAAAAUACUUUUCUUACUGUAGAAAUUUUUUAAUUCUCAUUCCCUUACAGUAACCUCAAUUUUUUCAGAUACCGUUCGACCGGCUCCGUGAAACCAAAAGAUGCAAAAGAAGGCCGAACAGAGUCCCCAUUAGUGGCUGCUAUUCGAAUAUACGUCCAAAAAUAUGGGGUGACAAAACAAUCAGAGAUCAGAGACCGAUUAAUAGGCGAUGGAAUUUGCACUGUUGAGACUUUGCCCUCGAGGAGCUCAAUUAAUCAGUAAGUUUUGGAGGAAAAAGCAGGAUUUUUAGGGGUAUUUGGGGCCGAUAUCAAUACAAGUAAUCUAAAUUGGGAUAAUUUUUGCGACUAAACAAAAAAUAGGUAAUAAAAAAUUAACCGUAUUUUUUUUAAAAUAUGAAAAUUUUAAUUCUAUCUCAUGAAAUACCCAAAACAAUCUUCUGACCCCUCAAAAAUCACUUUUACUGACCGCAAUCCCAUUUUCAGCAUUCUCCGAACAAAACUUUCCGUGAAAGCGACACGAAGAGGCGCCUCCGGCAUUCUCCAAUGCACUCAAAGCGUUUGA